UCUGCAUACAGUGCUACGCUGCUGCCACUGCUGCUGCUGUGUGAUACGAGUGGGAGGAACAGCUUCGUCUGUUUUUGGCUGAAAAAAUGACGAGACAUCUCCCCGAAACUGUUGCUGCUGCUGCAGGGGAGGAUUUGGCUUCCUGUCUCUUGCAUUGCACAAUCUCCCCCCUCUGCUUGGACACUUAAAAAGACGGGAGGCAGGGAGAGAAGCUACAGAGGGAAGAACGACAGAGAGCCAUAGCGGGUCUGAGGGGGUGUGAAGGGAUAAUAGAAUUUUUUUUUUUUAAAAGAAGAAAAAAAAAAAAGAGGGGGGGGGAGGUUGAAUGGCAGAGGAGGUAUGAGGAGAGAAAGCGAGGCAGGGGUAGACACCGCGCACAGAGGGUAGAGUGAGCUCCACUGCAGUAGAAUGAGGGUUAGAGUGAAAGAGAGAGCGAAGAAGCAUCCAAGCUGCCAGCCUUUCGCACGCCACUCGGGAUCCGUCGCUCUCUGAAGAGGGAGGAAGGAGGAAUCCACCGUGGAGGCGAGAAGGAGAAGGAGGAGGGCGGCCGAGGAGGAGGAAGCCAGAGGUUCUACACACAAGAUGGCUGCUGUGUCCUCUGCCUCUGACACUGGGGACCCCAGGGCCCGGCACCCGCCCGAGCGCAGACUGCUGAUCCUGGGGGGGCCACAGUCCGGUAAAACCUCCACCGCCAACAGCGUCCUGGGGGACGAGGUCUUCGACAUUGGGACGGAGACGACCCACAGCAACGUCGGCCAGACGGAGAUCUACGGCCGGCGGGUCACCGUGGUGGACACCCCGCCGUGGGCCAUCCCCGCCGACCCGGAGGACAACCCCGAAGGCCGAGACCAAGGCGAGAAACGCCGGCGCGAGUCGAACGACCCGCCGCCGCAGCCCCCCGCCGCCCCGGCGAGCCUGGACAGCGAGGGGCCGUGCAUGGGGGCCAUCCUCUGCCCUCCCGGGCCCCACGCCCAUCCUGCUGGUGGUGUCGAUCAGCCCAGCCUUUCACUGACACGGGAGAGGAGGGCCGCGGAGGAGCAGCUGGGGGCCCUGGGGGGAGGUACCUGGAGGUACUCCAUGGUGGUCUUCACCGGGGUGGACAAGCUGCCCAAGGGGGUCUUCAUCGAGGAGCACAUAGCCAACACUGGCGAGCCCCUGCAGUGGCUGGUGGAGAGAUGUGGAAGCAGGUACCACGCUUUUGAUAACACUCGGAAAGACACAGAGGACAACACGCAGGUACCUGAGCUGAUGGAAAAGGUGGAGGAGAUGAUCACUGACAACCAAGGCUGGUACUUUGAGGUGAACGAGUUGAUUUUGCUGGAGGAGGAGCAAGCCAGGAGAGCUCUGGAGGAGGAGAGGAUGAGGAUGGAGGAGCACGCCAGACAGAGGGAGCAGAUGAUCGGGGGACCUCCCAGAGAGUUGCGACUGCUCCUGCUGGGCUGGAAGGGCGUCGGAAAGAGCUCGGUGGGGAACACCAUCCUGGGCCGCCGGUUCUUUGAGUCCGGCCAGGAGACGGAGCUGUGUCUCAGGCGGCAGGCGCUGGUGUCGGGCCGGCGGAUCACCAUCGUCGACACCCCGGGCUGGGACUGGUUCUCUGUGAGGCGAACCCCGAAGCGCAUCCGCCAGGAGUCCCAGCGCGGGGCGGCCCUCCUGCGGCCCGGGCCCCACACCCUGCUGCUGGUCCUCCCCGUCGUCUCGUCCCUCACCGCCAGGAAGCGGCGGACGCUGCUGGCGCACAUAGAGACUCUGUUCGGCGACAGCGCCUGCCUCCACACCAUGGUGCUGUUCAGCUGCGGCGACUGGCUGGGCCGCACGCCCAUCGAGGAGCACAUCCUGCGAGGCGGCAGGGAGCUGCAGAGACUGCUGGAGUUCUGCGGGAACUAUUACCACGUCCUGGACAGCAAGAUCCCCGGCAAGGACCGGAGUGUGUCGGUGCUGCUGGAUAAGAUGGAGGAGAUGAUCAGAGAGAACGGGGACAAGGCCUUCCUGCCCAUACAGACCGAGUGGUUAAGCGAGGAGAGCUCGUACUCCUCGGACAACACCGAGCCCGAGGACGACUGUCGAGGAUGCCAGCUGCAGUGACACGAUCCCCCCCCCCUCCCUGAGAGGGAAGCGCCCUCCCUCCCUGCCCUCGCUUCCUGUCCUGGUUUCUGGUCUUCAAACGCCACCUCACGUAACUUAAACCUCAUCUAGACAUCCCCGCUCUGACCCCAGAGGUUUUUUUUUAAAGGGAAAACAAAGGACUUGGAACGGUGGAGCCUCGUCAGGAGUAGCUCCUUGUUCGAACUGAACCGAACUUCCGCCGAGCAGGAAGCUCGACCCCCACCUCAGAAAAGGGGAGAAAUAAUCUUCUUCUACUUCGAGGGACCUCAGCCGGAUCCCCCUGUCCAUGAGCAUGUACACAGAUAUCAUCUGCUGCUAAAGAGACCCUGCUUCAACACUGCAGAGUAAAUGAUUACUCGUCAUAGUAACUGUGUCUCAGCGGACGCAAGUUGAACGCAUUUAAAUGGAAACCAAAAGAAGAACGUUAUCGUGACCCGUUAGUUAGCUUGUUAGCUUGCCUGGUUGUUGGAAGGCCGAGAGUCAGAACUCGUGUGAUGAAUUUACAAUGCAGCCAUGCCCUUCUACAUCAAGUGCCAUUUCUGUCAUGCGCUUCCAAUUAGUUUGAAUCAAAAGAGGCCUCAAAAGGGAAACGUUUUGAGUGAAGCUUGUGUGCCAAACAGCAAUCAUGCCAACACACUGAUGUGAAAAGAAUGUGAAGGGAGGGGGGCGGAGGAGGGUCCUGAGUGGUUUGUGCACCUCAGGAUCAUAAGAGAACACAUUGAGACAUGAGUUCAAUUCUCAGCGUUAGCGUUGGAUUUGUUUCUGCUCAGGGAGUCGGGGUUGAAUCGCUUCCUCCAGGUAAAAAUCCGCUACAUUUACAGAAACGCUGAUUAUUGCCCAUCGCUAAACUUAAGUCACACGUUAAGUCAGAGUGGGGUUUGCUAGUUUUCUGGAAGGAGAUGAGUCGGUGUUUGCACCCUUUGGUCGUGAUCGGUUCCUGGCCUGGCGUUCUUUGACAGACGUCUACAGAGGAAGACCUCGCCCCUUCGGGCCUCAAGGAAGGCUGCGGGAAAUUUGGCGGUGCUGGAAAAACCGAGUGGCUCGGACGCGGCUCCGCUUCCGCCGCCGUCGGUCACGCGUCUUUUUUUUUUUUUUCAUUUUUCGACGAGGUCGAUUGAACCACGUGCCUCAGCGUCGAAGCGUGAGAGCGGGAGUACCGUGCGGCCCUGCGGCGGCAUCCUGUAGGCUACAUCCUGUAGGCUACAUCCGGCUUUCGCAUGCUAACGAAACGACAUAACCUCAUGAACAAUUGGAGCUCACGCGGGGCUUUUACUACCUUUUUCUACAUCGGUGAGACAUCCGUUGCCCUGAUAUCAAAAAGCGAUGGAUUCUUUUCUUGUUUUGAAAAAAACAUAGAUAUUUGAGAAGAAGAUGUAUAAAUAUAUAGAUAUACAUUCAGUUCUCAGAGGCAUGUUAAGACAACGCAUGCAGAUAAACGAGUGCCUGUAGAGUUGAAGGCAACGUCACUUCUUACCGCUCGGACUCUCGCUUGAGCAGGUUUCCAUGUGGAUUUCUGGUUAUGACAUCACAACGAUGGCAAAAAAAGAAAAAAGAACGGAGAAAAUAAAAGUUCACACUUUGAAAGGUACAAAUAAGAGCAUAUAUAAUAUGUGACCGAUACCACUGCCAUGCUGUAACACCUUAUUUUCUACAAAUGAUGUAGCCUAUAAAAAAAAAAACACCUGACACUGCUUCGCCCUCUGCUUUGCUGACUCUCUGCUCCAUCCGGUGACGUAGGCGACCGCAGCCCUUUAGGUGACAAGCAUGACUUUACAGUUUGAUAUGAGGAUGUUUCAGACAUUCGUUUCCGAGUCUUAGAGUCCCACGUCACCCGUGAAUACAUGUUGUACACGUGCCGCGUAUAUUACAGCGUAGAACUCGUCACGUCGUUUGCUUUUAGCGAAGCGUUUUGCACUCUGUGGCCAAAGUGGUGUUACUUCCUGUGUGGUCCAUCCCUCAAGUGGUGAUUGCGUCAUCAGUACUUUGCUCAUCCUCACACAAUAAUAAAAGAUGUGGAGGUAUUGUU